AUUCUAUACACCAUCUAAGCCAUUCUACUACUAAUACGCGGUCCAUUUGUUAGCCGGCCUUUUUCUCCCCAAUUUCUGAUUCUCUCAAUACUCUUUCCCGUCCCAGUUCUCCACCCGUGAGCAUCCCAUCCUCCCAGGACAAUGAAAAUCAUCAUCUGCGGCGGCGGCAUCGCCGGCCUAGCCACCUUUCUCCACCUGCGCAAACACCUCCCCAACCCCUCCACCCACAGCAUCAAAAUCUACGAAUCGCACCGUCCCCGCUCCACCGCCCCCCUAUCCUCCCUCGACCUCUCUACUCUCUCCGAAUCCACCGCCACCGUCGGCGGCGGCCUCGGCAUCUCGCCCAACGGGAUGCGCGUCCUGCGCGAACUGGAUCCCGCCUUGCACGACGUGGUCGCCGCGCAGGGCUUCCGCGCUGAGAACUUUGUGUUCAAGGGCGCGAAUGGGUGGGCGUUGGGCGUGCAGCGGACGGGGGAUGGUGGGGUUAGAGGGGUGGAGGGAGGGGAGGAGGAGGUGUGUAUUGCGAGUUCGAGGCAGGGGGUUUGGGAGUGUUUGAUGAGGGCUGUUGAGGAGGGGGGAGGCGUGGUGAGGUAUGCCAAGGUUGUGGGGAUUGAGCGGGAUGACGGGAGUGGGGUUGUAAGAGUUAGAGUUGUGGAUGAAGAGGGGAGGGUGGAGACGGAGGAGGCGGACUUGCUGGUUGGCGCUGAUGGCGUGAAGAGCGUUGUUCGAACUGCACUUUUUGGAGAAGAUGAAAAGUUCAAACCUACAUACACCGGCCUCUCCGGCGUCGGCGGCUUCCUCUCCACCCCGCUCCCCCCGGCUAUAACCCACCCGCCCAGCAUGGUCUUCACCUUCGGCCGCAACGGCUUCUUCGGCUACUCCUCCUCACGCCCGCUCUCCUCCGAAUCCCUCAUGUGGUGGUCCACAUUCGAGACCUCGUCCCUCCCAAACACCAAAUUCAUCGACCCCGCCGCCAUCAAAGCCGCGCUUGUAGAGCGGCACAAGCACUGGGCUGAUCCCGUCGUGCAAGAUAUCGUAAGCAAGGCCAAGGUAGAGAGCAUCUAUCCGACGUGGGUGCUACCCGAGCUGCCGCACUGGGGCGAGCGCGGCGUGGUGCUCGUAGGCGAUGCGGCGCAUGCCAUGGACCCCACGACGGGGCAGGGAGCGAGUCAGGCGCUCGAGGAUGCGCAGACUCUGGCGCUGCUGCUCAAGGAACUGCUUAGCACGGGAGAGACUAGUCGCUGCAUCACGGGAAGCGAGAAGCAGCGCGUCGAUGUCGCUAUCAAGCUGCUCUACGACAUCCGUAGCCCGCGUGCGCACGAGAUUGUGGAGAGGGGCAAGAAGAUUGCCGGACGCAAGGCGAAUGUGGGUGUUGUGGAGGAGUACUUUAUGGAGGAUAAUGCUCGGGGAUGUGAAUCGGCAGUUGUAUACUUGGUCGGCUGAGGAGGAGAUUCAAAAGGCACUGGAGCGACGGAAAAGUGCGUAGUGUCGGGCUCUACUUAAGAGAGAGGCCCGAGAUGAAUGGUAUUGUGAGUUACAAAACGUCUCAAUUGUGGACCUUAAGCUUUUACCCAGGAGUUCGCCAUCGACUCCAUCAAGCAAGCCCCAAUCUCUGCCCAAGGAGCAAAAGAAGCCAACACGUCAGAUUCCACACCGCAGUCAACUUGCUCUGCAAUCCAAACGAGCUCAACAAUAUGGCAUACCUCCGCUGCGCAGCGCCAUAUCUGAGCACAGCCCUUUCCCACUCCUCUGGCGACAUCUCCCCUUUAACAACCUGCUCCAGCAUAUUACAGUCAUACGCAGCAUGUUGCGUACUCAUACCCGCAUUCGG